AUGCAUCGGUCUUCCUCGUUUCCAUUAAUAUUGGUUUUACUGAUAAUUGUAGAGCUGAGUGCAAGCGUGAAUGCAUUGUAUGGGCCAUCAUCCCCAGUUGUUCAGUUGAAUCCCUCCAACUUCAAGGCCAAGGUACUGAAUUCAAAUGGUGUUGUUUUAGUUGAGUUUUUUGCACCUUGGUGUGGCCAUUGUAAAGCAUUGACGCCUACAUGGGAGAAGGCAGCCAAUGUCUUGAAAGGCGUUGCUACUGUGGCAGCUCUUGAUGCUGAUGCUCACCAGUCACUUGCUCAGGAAUAUGGCAUUCGAGGCUUUCCUACCAUUAAAGUCUUUGCACCUGGGAAACCGCCAGUAGAUUACCAAGGAGCUAGGGAAAUCAAGCCUAUAGCUGAAUUUGCACUGCAACAGAUUAAAGCACUUCUGAAGGAACGUUUGAAUGGAAAGGCAACAGGAGGAUCGAGUGGGAAGUCAGAACCUAAUGCUUCAAUAGAAUUGAACUCAAGUAAUUUUGAUGAAUUGGUAACUAAAAGCAAAGAACUCUGGAUCGUAGAGUUCUUUGCACCUUGGUGUGGACACUGCAAGAAGCUUGCUCCCGAGUGGAAGAAAGCAGCUAAUAAUCUCAAUGGCAAGGUGAAGUUGGGUCAUGUAGACUGUGAUGCAGACAAAUCUCUAAUGAGCAGGUUUAACGUGGAAGGAUUUCCCACUAUCUUGGUUUUUGGGGCAGACAAAGACCACCCAAUCCCCUAUGAAGGCGCAAGAUCAGCCUCCGGUAUUGAGUCGUUUGCCUUGGAGCAGCUGGAAACAAAUGUUUCCCCUCCUGAAGUGAUUGAGUUGACUAGCCCUGAUAUUUUGGAAGAGAGGUGUGGUUCAGCAGCCAUAUGUUUUGUUGCCUUCCUUCCUGACAUUUUGGACUCCAAGGCAGAAGGCAGGAAUAAGUACCUCGAACUUCUGUUAUCAGUUGCAGAGAAAUUCAAGAGGAGCCCUUACAGUUAUGUGUGGGCAGCUGCAGGUAAUCAGCCAGAUCUUGAGAAGCAUCUCGGAGUUGGUGGCUAUGGGUAUCCUGCCUUGGUAGCCCUAAAUCUGAAGAAGAAGUUAUAUGCUCCACUUAAGAGUGCAUUUGAGCGCGAUCAGAUUAUAGAAUUUGUGAAAGAAGCUGGACUCGGUGGGAAAGGUAAUCUGCCUAUGGCUGACACCCCUGUUAUUACGAAGACUGAACCCUGGGAUGGUAAAGAUGGACAAAUCAUUGAAGAAGAUGAGUUCUCACUUGAAGAACUUAUGGGGGAUGACACUGGAGGCAAGGAUGAAUUAUAG